AUGGGCCCGCUGCUGCUGCUGCGUGUCUUCACCACCAACAACGGGCGCCACCAUUGCAAGGACAAGUUCUGCGGGAAUGUGCCAUCCAGUGAGCUGCAGAUCUACACCUGGAUGGAUGCAACCUUGAAAGAACUGACUAGUUCAGUAAAAGAAGUCUACCCAGAAGCUAGAAAGAAGGGCACACACUUCAACUUUGCAAUUGUUUUUACGGAUAUGAAAAGACCUGGCUAUCGGGUGAAGGAGAUCGGCAGCACCAUGUCCGGGAGAAAGGGGACUGAUGAUUCCAUGACCCUGCAGUCGCAGAAGUUUCAGAUAGGAGAUUAUCUGGACAUAGUGAUCACCCCUCGAAUUGGGCACCACCUCCUUCAGAGCGCAUGA